CUGGUAUGAAUUAUUGGUUAUUUUCAUUCCACAUACAUAUACAUUUAAAACGUUUAAAACACGUGUAUAAAAUAAAAAAAUCGUGUCUUUACCCACCAUUAAUAACUAAUAAAAAAUGAAUCGUGAAAGAAAAAAUGAAACGGAUAAAUUAUUAUCAAAUUUCUUUUUUGGGUGCAAUAUCCCUUUCAGUGUGGUGGAAUCAAGCCACUUUAAAGCUUUUGUACAUGCACUAAAUAAGGACUAUGUAUUUCCAUCGAGAAAAACAAUGGGUACAAAACUUUUAAAUGUACAAUAUGAACAAUUAUGUAGUUCCAUUAAACAAAAUGUGCAGCAAAAUGCUGUACUUUUAAUUGAUGGUUGGAAGAAUUCAGCAGCAAACUCAAAAAAUGUUGUAGCCAUGUUACGGCUAACAACUGGAAGAAACUUGUUUUUGGAAUCUUGGACUUUCAACCAAAUCCGAGAAACUGGAAAGGCUUUAAGUGAAGUAGUUAAUCAAUGUGUUGAAAUUGCAUAUAAUCAAUACAACAUUAACAUUUAUGCUGUUGUAACAGACAAUGCUUCAAAUAUGAUCAAUAUCAAGAGAAGAGUGGAUUUGUGGCAUGUUACUUGUAACAGUCACAGUGGCAACCUGUUAUUUAAAUCUUUAAUUGAUACUAGUUUUGAUGAUAAAGUAAAUAACAUUAUAAAAGAUUUUCGGUCUCCUAAUUUAGAAAGUAUUAGGCGUACAAAUAAGUUUCCGCGGUUUGUCAAAAGAUGGCCAAACCAGAAGGUUAUGGAGAAAUUGUCAGAUGUAAAACGUAAUAUCCCAAGUUUCGUCAUCCGGCAACACCAUAACCUUAAAGUACUAGUGAUUCCGUAUCAGCAUCACGUAAUUUUUUUCCUGCAAAAAUGUCAAGUUUUGUGCCGAAUAAGCAUCAUUUGCGGGAACUUUUGA